AUGGGGAUCAUCGUAUGGUUCAGUCUCUUUAAAUUCAACUGGUUGCGUAGAUGUAGAAGAUGUGGUGUGCGCGGCUCCAAGUGUUUGUGCCAUCGGCCGUCCCUGACGCUCGAGCACAUUUUCUUUCUCGAGGAGCGCAAGAAUAAGUUUGGCGGCCGCAACUUCAGUCAUGUGAGCGACACUAUGAUGGCGUCCAAUGGCACCAUGUUCACCAACAACACAAACUGUACAGACUCGGCGAUCAUGCGAAACGCCGGGUCUUUCGGAAUCAACGAGGUGAAUUCGACGGAUUACUACUGCCGGAGUGCGCCAACGCUUUCCAAUGCCUCAGACAGUGACGACGAGCUCUUGUCCUCCCGCAUGUACAAAAAGAAAGAGACGCAACUUCGUGCGAAUAGCCGUCGCAACAUGAAUCAAUGUAGGAGCUCCAAAGUCUUGGCUACGACUGAUGCGUCGACUACGGCUCUUGUCAGCAAGUACUCGAGAUGUUUGAUGUCCAACUCAAGACACAACGGAGACAAAAACAUACAACCUCCCAUUGCAGAGGUUGUGACAAACGAGUUCAUCCUUUACACAGAGGAGAGCAUUCCCGUCUCGCUACCACACGGUCAACAGCGGAAGCAGAUUGUGCCUCACAACCAAAGUGAAUCACGUAUUCAAACCACGAGCACCAAGAUGACUAACACUCACUUACAGCACGAGGAGGAGCCUGGUGUAUCCUUCCAGUUUUUUGGACGUAGUGGAAGUAGUGUCCCCGCUUCUCCUGUUCCUACGCUACUGUUGUCUAGUAAAAGCAGUUGCUGCAACAACGAUUCGUUCAUGAUCGGCUCAAGAUCUGUUUCGUCCAUGCAAGUGUCGCAUUUCUCGGAACGCAUCAGUCUCGAAGCCAAUAUUGGCUCAUUCAACAUGCAAUCGAACCUAAGCAAUGCCGGGCGCCUCAUUGAGGGCGGUGGAUAUGCCUUAAGUAUCAAGGAAGACGACGAGGCACAGGCAUUAGAGAAGCUCACCGGCUGGUUCCACGCAUCAUCUGUUUCGACGCAGGAUUCCUUCAUGUUUCUUCGGUAA